AUGUCUCCUAUGCAUAGUAUUCCCAUAAAACAACAUAUACGGAAACCAUGGCAAUCACUUCCUACACCAUCGUUGGUUGUGUCGCUGCCAACUGUGGAGGCCAACUGCACUCGAAUGCUGCAACGUGUAUCCGCUACUGGCGCCAAAUUUAGAGCCCAUGUUAAGACCCACAAGACAUUUGAAGGGACCAUGCUUCAACUUGGUUACAACUUGGCAAACUAUCAAGCCCCCAAACAUUCAAGCAUCGUUGUGAGUACUUUCCGGGAGGCAUGGGCAGUUGUCGACGAACAAGAUCGAACGGGACAACACAUCGUCACCGACAUUGUCUAUGGCUUACCAAACGUUACAGGCGAGAGUUUGGCCCAGAUCAUAGCUCUGAGUGGCAAAGUUGAAGUGUUCACCGUGCUUAUCGACUCCGUUGAUCAUGUUAGGACCAUCGAAGAGUUUAAGUCUGAUGCUCCCUUCGAUCCGAUCAACGUGAUGAUUAAGCUCGACGCUGGUACCAACAGGGCCGGCAUCGCAAAUACGUCAUAUCUGACAGAGGUAAUUAAUGCGAUUGGCGAGUGUGAAAAGGUUGAACUUCGUGGGUUCUACGUACAUUCUGGCCACUCGUACAACGUUAACAGCAUUGAAGAGGCCGAAGCUGCACUGGUGGAGGAGCUCGAGACCAUCAAGAAAGGUUUGGACCAAUUGGAGGUGGUUAGUCCCUCUACGGAUCUAUCCAAGCUGAUCGUGUCCGUUGGUGCAACCCCAACAACGCAUUCGCUUGAUCAUCACGUUUUCCAAAAGACCAAUGAUCGUAUCGUUGCGAUUCAAAAGAGCCUAAAAUCGCAGUUGGAGUUCCACGCUGGUAACUUCCUGUUUUGCGAUUUGCAACAAGUCUCUACCGGGUGCAUCGGCAUACAAAAUAUCGCUGCUAAGGUUGUUGGUACUGUCAUUUCACAGUACCCCGGUAGAAACGACCCAGUUGGUGAACUCCUCACAAACACCGGCGUCAUCUCCAUGUCAAAAGAGGUUGCGCGUCAUUAUCCAGGCUUCGGUGUUGUAGAGACUGAUCCAAAGUACGGCCACUGGUUCAUCGACCACAUGUCGCAGGAACACGGUAUCUUGAGACCAAGUUCCCCGGAGGGCGCCCAGUUAAUCCCAAUAGGCACAAAGUGUCGUAUCCUACCAAACCAUUCUUGCAUCACCGCCAAUUCCUUCAAUGCCUACUACAUCCUCGACGCUGAUGAUAAGGUCUGUGACGUGUGGAUCCCUUGGAGAGGCUGGUAA